AUGGGAGGAGUAUAAUCAAUCAAUCGAAACUGUAAAAAAUCUUUACUCAUUUGCUUAUAAUUGCUUGUUGAAGAUGUUGAGUAUUAUGCUGAUUCUAAAUUCCUUGCUUAAUUAAAAACCAUAUAGAUUUCCUUUUCCAACAACUUUGAAAAAAAUCGGUAACAUUUAUAUAUACAAUUUUUAUAGGAAAAAAGUAAUAGACCUUCUAAAAUAAUCCAUACCUCCAUAAAUUAGUUUCCAUGAAGAUGUUUUACUUAAUAACAUAAGUUCAGCUUUCUAAUGUUCUUUAAUUAGAAGCAACAACUAUAAAUCUAAAACUUUUAAGGAUAUCACUAUGGAUAAAGAAUUCGUUAAGACUUUUAGAUUAAUGAACUUUUCAGGUUUACAAUAAAAAUAUGAGAAUUGUUAUUAAAAUAAUUUAGUCCUUCUAUAUUAGGGUUUAAAAAGCUAUUGUAAUCUAGCUAAUUAAAUCAUCAAAGAACUGAAUUAAAAUUUAGAUGUUUAAUGUAAAGUUUAUGUUUUGAUUUGGGAACACUUUUAAAAUCAUUUAUGUAAAUUAUCUAUUUCAGAAAUUUAUGACCUUUAACCACUUAAUUAAUUUUUUAAUGAAAAUUACACCAUCAUAUCUCCAUCUUUAAAAAUUGAAAGCAUAGGUGGAAAACUAUGGGGUACUUCAGUUUAAUAGUUAAACAUUGAUUAUAUUAAGCAAUAAUUUAAAAUUACUAGAAGAGAUCAUGCUUAAUAAAAUAUCUGUUUAUUCUAGGUUUUUAAUGCUUUCAUUGAUAUGAACAUUGAUGCUGCUCAUCUUUAAUGGAUAGGAGUAAGUGAUUUUGAAUUUAGUGGAUCUCUUAAGCUUUUAAUUGAUUUCAUUAUUGAAGAUACUAAUGAAUUUUUUAUUUAAUUAAACGAAAAAUCAUAAGGAAAUUUACUUUUAUUAUUAGAUUUAUGGGAGAAAGAUGAUAAUUUUAUGAAAUCAGUGUUACCAACUUGGAUUUGUGAAAAUAUAUUAAAUACACUAUUUUUCAGUUUUUUUGAAUAGAAAAUUAGAGAGAAGAUUAAAUUAAUGUAAAUUAAUUAACAAAAAAAUUUAAUUGAAAAAUAUUGUAAGUAAAGAGUUGAUAUAGAUUUCUAAAAUUAAUUAGAAUAAGCAAAAAAGAGCUUGGAAUCUGUAUUUUUUUAAUUUGACUAUUACCAUAUAUAAAACAUUGAACCAACCUUAUAAAUUAUGAUUAAAUAAUUAAGAUCUGAAAAAGAAUUUAGUAGUAUUAUAUUAGCCAGUGAAAAAACCUAAUAAGGACCUAGUGAUUUAUUAAUUUAAUAGAAUUCAAAUAUCUUGUCAGAUGCUGAUGUUGAUGUUCAUCAUAUCUAAUCUAAUAUUUUCGAUCCAUAAGAUGCAGAUCUAUUUGAAUCAAAACAAUAAAAUUCUGAUUUAUUAAGUCCAGAAGAUGAAAUUGCUCAAAUUUGUUAAAAAUAUGAUCAAAAGAAGAAUAAUAUAUAAUUAAAUAUUUAAUAAAGAGAUGAGAAAAUUAAACUUAGAAAUAGAAAUAUAUAACCAAUAUCUAAGGAGUUAUUUAAGGUAUUUAGUUUUGUUCAUUCUAUAUCAUAAGAAUAAGUAGAUAUUAUAGUGAAUCUCUUAAUUGAGAAAAAGCAUAAAGAAAUUAAUUUUAUAAAUAAUAACCUGUUUGUAAAUUAAGAAUGUUUCAAAGGAUCUAUUGCAGCUGAGUUGUUAUUUUUAAUGUAAAAGUGA